AUUUGAUUUUCAUGCUCUAAAGUGAAGAAUUCUAGGAUGUUCUUUAAUUGCCACAACUAUGUUAACGUUAAAAACUUGAAGAUUUAAAAUCAACCUUAAUGAAAUGGUAACCGUACAAAAGCUUGCGAGUAACUGUAUAAAGUAAGGGUUACUGGUUUUUUCAUAAUGAGGCAUAACAUGAAUGGUAACCAUAUAUAGGGUUACUAAUUUUUCCAUAAUGAGACAUAACAUGAAUGAUAACAGUACAAAGGGUUAGGAGUAGCCAUACAAAGAGUUGCUAAUAGCCUGUUUAAGUGCUUGUUAUUAAAAAAUGAGAUGUAUGGCCAAACUUCUAAAAUAAGUACUUUUGGGGAGCAACAAAGGCUUAUAAAAGAAGCUUUAGCACUUUUGAGAAAAAUAUACUUAGAAGUACAUUUUAAAAUAAUAGACUGUUUAAGUGCUUAUUUUUAAAAGCCGAGAUGUUUGGCCAAACUCUUGGGAGAAAAAAAGUGCUUUUGGGCAACAACAAAAGCUAAAAAAAGAAGCUUUUCCUCAAGUGCUUAUUUGGAAAACACUUUUGAGAAAAAUACACUUAGAAGCACUUUUUAAAAACUUGGGCAAAUGCUAAUUGUUUCCUCAAAAGUGUUUGUAAAAUUUUUUGUCCAAAUACAAACGACUUCUCACCAAAAGUAUUUUUUGAAAAACACUUUUCAAAAUAAGCUAAUUUUAGAAGCUUGACCAAACAUGCUAUUAUUUUGUCAUAAUGAGGCUCACCAUGAAUGGUGACCACACAAAGGAUUACAAGCAACCAUGCAAAGGGUUGCUAAUAUUGUCAUAACGAGGCACAAAAGAUUUGAUGGCCGUAUAAAGGGCCAGGAAUAACCAAUUUAUCUCCACAAUUGGGCAUAGUUAAGAAAAGUUCAGUCGAUUGGAAAUAUCUGAAAGCUAAAGAAAUAAAUGUACUUGACUAAGAAAUAUCUAGUAGUGGUUGCUUGAAUGUGAUGUUGUUUAUAUGAUAAGAUUUUAUGAACUGUUCCCUUUCAGAGUUUAUGUUAUUACAUACAUGUUUAUUUAAAUCUCAUUCUAACUUUAGCGAGGGGGAUGUUGAGACUCACUGAGUACGGUGAAUUGUAUUGACAUUCUUCUGGGAACUUGAUUUGAUUUGUGGUACAGCAUAGGGGUCAGGUUUGCAGACGAGCAGACUAGAAGCCAGAGAUCCCUCGCUUCCCAUGCUUUUGGUAGCUCCACUUCUUGCUUUCGGGGGAAGAAAUUUGUGGGAAGACAACACACUUUGUCGGAGAAGAGAGAUGGUUCACCACAAUGAAGCAUGUGAAAUGUGCACCCGCACGUGCAUGUUGAUACAUGGACAAAGGGACCCCUCACCAAUUAUUAGCUCUUUCUUCAAAGUCAUGAUCGACAAGCGCUUCUCCAAAGUUCUGUACUUUCCCCCCAGAUUUGCUCGAUUGGUAUCUCACUUAACUGAUCAAGAAACUUAUCUGGAGGACUCAAGUGGACAGCGAUGGAGGGUGGGAAUAUGUAAUAAUAAUGGUUCGCUUGCAAUUCGACAAGGAUGGCAUACCUUUUCAUCGGAACAUGGUCUAAAAAUGGGAGACUUCUUGGUUUUCCACUAUAUUCAGGGUCAGCACUUCGUUGUUCAAAUAUAUGGAACAAGCGGUUGUCAGAAGAUCAACUCUUAUAAUGGCACUCGUACGGGGAAGAAAAGACCAAGAACUAAUUCUGCAGCAACUUCCCAUGAUGAGCUGUCUCCAGAAACUGACAUAAAUUUAAGGAAAAAAUGGAAUUCAACACCCUCAGUUACUGCUGUACCAGAGUCUGAAAGGGAUGGACACCAGCCAGUGACCACAACUUUUGCAUCAAACAUUGAUGCAAACAAUGGAGAGCGACAAAUAGUUCCCCAAGAAGAAGGAACCAGUGAUGUUCCACAAGGUGAAAAUAGACCUCAUAAUCACACUGAUUCAAUAUCACAAAGGGAAUCAAGUUCAGUAGAUGGGGCUCCUCGUGAGAUGGAGUUCUUAACCUUGAAAGCACCCUUCCUUGACGUACAAAUCACUCAGACUGAUAAAAUUUCUGGACCAGUGAACGAUAUUUCAGUUUUGGGCCAAACAGAUGAAAAUGGCCAUCAUGUGGGUCUUAUCUCUAGCACAUCUCUGAAAUCAGCUGAAAAUGGUAGCAAUGGCAGUCAUUUGGUGUGUUUAUAUAAUAAAGAAAGUCACUGUACCAGCAACAAUCAGGUCACCACAGAGAAAUCCGAUGAAGCAUCUCAAUUUAGUAAGCUUCCAGUCUCUCAUAGUAAGGAAACAAGAGUAGAUAAGCUAGAACUGAAGGAGAUGGCAGCAAAAACACAUUGCCCUUCUAAAAAAUUAAAUGCAAAUGCAGGAAAAGAGCCAAAAGUAACAGAGAAAGAUGGCCAAGAUUAUCCUGAGGCUAUCAUUGGUAAUAACAAAGCUAUAAAAAGCGAGCCUGCUGAUUCAGGAGACACAUCAUUUCCUGAUGCUAGCAACUUCUCAUGUUCGCUGCGGGUGGAUGGUCGAAAUUUUCUGGAAUUACCACAAAGCUGGCCACAAGUUUUAGUGGGCAGGAAGAAGCUGGGAAGGUGUAUUGUUUAUCUCAAAGGGCCAGAUAAUAGACGCUGGCCUGUCAUCUAUCAUGAGAAUUUCGGUUCUAAGAUUUUGGCUGGGAACUGGGCAUUAUUUACUGCAGUUUAUGGCCUUAAACCUGGAGAUGAAUGUCUAUUCCAACUUUCAGAUCAGUCGAUACGUAUGUUUACUGUACAUGUAGCCCACAAGGUAGAUGUCACUCAAACUACUUUGAGUUGAUUAUUGUUGAGGCAGUAGUGAGAACAAUGUAAAUGGGGAGCUAUGUCGAGAUUUUACUUGAUGGUUCUUGUAUAUUCACUUGAUUUAAGCAAAUCUGUAGUGGAUACUGGAUUUAUUCAUCCUGA